AUGUUGACCUCAUCUCUUUUUUUCCGGAACUUCAGAAUCUCAGAAUCUCAGAAUCUCAGAAUCUCAGAAUCUCAGAAUCUCAGGAUCUCAGAAUGUCAGAAUGUCAGAAUUUCAGAAUCUCAGAAUCUCAGAAUCUCAGAAUCUCAGAAUCUUAGAACCUCAGGAUCUCAGAAUAAUCUCAGAAUCUCAGAAUCUCAGAAUCUUAGAAUCUCAGGAUCUCAGAAUGUCAGAAUCUCAGAAUUUCAGAAUCUCAGAAUCUCAGAAUCUCAGAAUCUCAGAAUCUUAGAAUCUCAGGAUCUCAGAAUGCCAGAAUCUCAGAAUUUCAGAAUCUCAGAAUGUCAGAAUCUCAGAAUUUCAGAAUCUCAGAAUCUCAUAAUCCCAGAAUCUCAGAAUCUCAGAAUCUCAGAAUCUUAG